AUGGUGGAUGUUGAUGUUCGUGUGGGUGGAGAUAGUACCAGAAGAAAAAUGGAUGCCCUGGCAGAUAGUGCAGUUGAGAUUGUCCCUUUGGAGCUCUAUGAUUCAGCCAGAGCAAAAAUAGCUGCUAAUCUACAAUGGAUCUGUGCUAAAGCCUACGGAAUAGAUAACGUCCCAGAGGAGCUGAAGGACCCGUUUUACAUCGAUCAAUAUGAGCAGGAGCACAUUAAACCGCCCGUCAUCAAGCUGCUGCUGUCCAGUGAGCUGUACUGCCGCGUCUGCAGCCUCAUCCUGAAGGGCGAUCAGGUGGCUGCUCUGCAGGGACACCAGUCGGUGAUCCAGGCUCUGUCUCGGAAAGGGAUUUACGUCAUGGAGAGUGAUGAUACACCUGUGUCUGAAUCUGAUCUGGGCUGUGCACCAAUCAAAAUGAGUUCUCAUAUGGCAAUGAUUGAUGCUCUGAUGAUGGCCUAUACUGUAGAAAUGAUCAGUAUUGAAAAGGUGGUCGCUAGUGUCAAGCGUUUCUCUACAUUCAGUGCCUCAAAAGAACUGCCCUAUGAUUUGGAGGAUGCAAUGGUUUUCUGGAUUAACAAGGUGAACCUUAAAAUGAGAGAGAUCACAGAGAAAGAGAUUAAAUUAAAACAGCAGCUAAUGGAAAGUCCAGGACACCAAAAGGUGCGUUACCGAAGAGACCAUCUUUCAAGCAGGCAACUCCCUUACUUCCCUUUGCUUGAAGAUCUGAUGAAGGAUGGUAGCGAUGGUGCUGCUCUUCUGGCUGUGAUACACUAUUAUUGUCCAGAGCAAAUGAAACUGGAUGAUAUUUGUUUGAAGGAGGUAACAUCAAUUGCAGACAGCCUCUAUAACAUUCAACUUUUGAGAGAAUUCUCAAAUGAAUAUCUAAACAAAUGCUUUUACCUCACAUUGGAGGACAUGUUAUAUGCUCCUUUGGUUUUAAAGCCUAACGUCAUGGUAUUCAUUGCGGAACUCUUCUGGUGGUUUGAGAAUGUCAAACCAGACUUUGUACAACCAAGAGAUAUUCAGGAAAUUAAAGAUGUUAAAGCAGUGUUGCAGCAGAAGAGCAGUCGUCCUCCUGUUCCUAUUUCCAAUGCCACCAAGCGCAGUUUCAUGGCCAGCCCUGCUAGUACAAGUCCAGCAGACUUGCAGCCUGCAGCUCAGGCAGGUUCUGAAGCUUGCAGCAGAUACUACCUGCACCCUGAGGAGCCUGACUAUCUUGGCAAAGGAGGAAGCCCUGCUUUUAGUCCUUCCCAUCCACUGCUCCCUUUGAGACAAAAGCAACAAAAAUCUUUACAGGGAGAAGACAGCCCUGGUCAUCGACAUCGUUCUAAUUCUCUGACCCGUGUUGAUGGGCAACCACGAGGUUCAAUUCUUGCAUGGCCUGAUAGGAAGCCCAGGCCUCUGUCUCAGCCAACGCCAUUUGCUCUUCAUCAUUCUGCCAGUACUGAUGUGGACCCUGGGUCUGGUGAUAGCAUUAGUCUGGCUAGAUCAAUCAGCAAAGACAGCCUUGCUUCAAACAUCAUUAAUGUAACUCCAAAAAAUCAGCCCCAUCCUCAAUCCAUGAAGACUAAUGGGAAGAGCUUGCUGAACAAUGUUGAAAUCGAGGAUGAAGAUGAAGAGCUUAUUGCAAUAAUCAGAUCUGAAGAAAGGCCAAACCGUGCUGAUGUGGAACUGCAGAAUGCAUCAGCCAGGGUGCCCAGCAUAGUUGCAUCUGCAUGGUCUCCAAAAGCGAAUAGUGAGACUUCAGAAAGCAAACCAGACAGUUUUUACUUGGAGCCUUUAAUGCCUGCUGUUCUAAAACCAGCAAAGGAAAAACAGAUCAUCAACAAAGAGGAUGAAUGUGGGGAAGGGAAACAAAGGAGUUUUACAACAAAAAGAUUAAAUGAAGGACACUUGUCUUUGAUCCGCAAGAAAACAAAUAGCAGUUAUGGUGAGCAUGACCUCAACAGGACUUUUACUCCAAUUUCUAGUUCUGAUUUCACUCCAGUUGCAGAUCCUACUACUGCAGAUUCAGUGGCACUGGUGGAGGGAGGUUUAGAAGCUUCCAGACCUUUGGCUAGUAGCAGUCUAGCUCCUUCUCCUCAGGAGCUAUCCACUGGAGGAUUUUUUCUUCAUGCUGCUAAAUCUGAUGAUGACAUAGCAAGUAAAGUCAAUGUAAGUUAUGUGAAAAGUCUCAAUUCACAUGUUGCAGAUACUACAUGGACUAUGGUGAGACAGGACUCUGAUUCAGAUCUUUUAGACAUAGAAGACGCUGAACAGGAUUUGGUAGUCAUAGAUGACCAUCCUAUAGUUGCUAAAUACAUUGGUGAGGAAGAAUCUGCAAAAUUGCAAGAAGAUAUGAAAGUAAAAGAGCAUGAAGACAAGGAUGAUGCCAGUGGACGGUCCAGCCCUUGUUUGAGUACAAUAUCUCAAGUUAGCAGCGUGUCCAUGACUAGCGGGAGUGUCCGAAUGACCAACUUCGCCGAACGAAAGCUUCAGAGACUUAAUAGCUAUGAAACAAAGUCCAGCACAAGUAGUUCACAGAAGACCACACCAGACGGAUCAGAAAGCUGCCCAGCACCACUCACCACGUGGAAACAAAAGCGAGAACAAAGCCCCAACAGGCAAAAUAAAGAUAAUGUUAAUCUUUUAGCUUCUGAAUUGGUGCAGCUUCAUAUGCAGCUGGAAGAGAAAAGAAGGGCAAUAGAAGCUCAGAAGAAGAAGAUGGAAGCCUUAUCGGCAAGGCAGCGACUAAAAUUGGGCAAGGCAGCUUUCUUGCAUGUUGUUAAAAAAGGGAAAUCUCCUGAUGUUCCCCAACCUCUGAAACCAGAACAUUUUGCAAAGGAAUAUUCUCGGCACAACGGUGAAGACUUAGAUGAAGUUUCUUUGGGUUCCAAAUCUGAGGAGUUUCUUGUGAAAGAGGAGGAGAGAGAAGAAAUGCUCAAUGAUUCUCCAGAAGUAACAAGAGUAAAAAUGCAAGAAAGCCUUGCUUUUGCUGAGCAACAUAAAGCUAGAGACUCUGCUGCUAUACAUGACUUGGAAAAAAGUAAAAUUAUUUCUGUUGCCCUCCUAGAAGACAAUGUUUCAGAAGUGGAUAUAAAUGAAUGUGAUCUUUCUAUCGAGAAACUAAACGAAACUAUCAGUACUCUUCAGCAGGCUAUAUUGAAGAUUUCUCAGCAACAGGAACUACUUAUGAAGUCUCCAACAGUGCCAUCACCAGGAACCAGAAGUAACUCUCAGGACCAAAAAGUAAAACCAUCAAUUCACUUUGUGGAGCCCCUCUCUCCAACUGGAAUGAACAGUCUUCGUAAACCCCCUCGGUUUGGUCAAGGAAGGAGCCCUCGGUCAGGGAGACCAUCUGAUUUGAAAGUCAGUAAAGACAAACAGCAAAAUUCAACACGUGUUAAAACCCCAACACAAAGCCUAGACACCCUGACACAUUUAAGACCGUUUCCAUCCAAUAACUUGUUAAAGACACCAACAGAAAUUGGCUUGGAAAGUAGCCCUGAUCAUGGGAGUGGUUCUCAAGAGAAGUGUUUCUUUGAUACCUAUAGACUUCAUGAUGAGAGCAAUCAAAGGGCGCUUGUUCUCUCCACCUCCAAAGAUGCAAAUAUUAUUUCUGAAAUGAGCAAGGAGGUGAAUAACAGCUUCAAGGAAACAGGGUUGAAUUCUUCUGAUGGCUCAGGAAAAGAAAAUGUCCCAGUGGAUGAGCCACUGAGAAGCAAGGCUAAUCUCAUUGAAGUAGACUUGUCUGACUUAAAAGCUCCAGAUGAAGGAGAACUUGAAAACCAGGAUAGCUCUACGGAUAUGAUUAGUGAAGGUGAUCAGAAGUCUGGUGUGGGUUUUUUCUUCAAGGAUGAACAGAAAGCAGAAGAUGAGCUCGCAAAGAAACGUGCAGCGUUCCUCUUGAAGCAGCAGCGCAAGGCUGAGGAGGCUCGGAUUCGGAAACAGCAGUUGGAGGCUGAAGUUGAACAGAAAAGAGAUGAAGCUCGUCGCAAAGCUGAGGAGGACCGAAUACGGAAAGAAGAGGAGAAAGCGCGAAGAGAACUUAUCAAGCAAGAAUAUCUAAGGAAAAAACAGCAGCAAAUUUUGGAGGAGCAAGGGCUUGGAAAGCCCAAAUCCAAGCCCAAAAAACCCAGGCCCAAGUCAGUCCAUCGUGAAGAAUCUUACAGUGAUUCAGGGACAAAGUGUUCUUCCACACCUGACAAUUUGAGCAGUGCUCAGUCUGGUUCCAGUCUGUCUUUGGCCUCAGCAGCAACAACUGAACCUGAAAGUGUGCACUCUGGCGGCACACCGUCUCAGAGAGUUGAAUCAAUGGAGUCCUUACCAAUACUGAGCAGAAACCCCAGCAGGAACACAGAAAGAGAUUGGGAGAAUGCUUCAACUGCAUCUUCUAUUGCUUCAGUGGCAGAAUAUACAGGUCCAAAAUUAUUUAAGGAACCCAGCAGCAAAUCAAACAAACAUAUUAUUCACAAUGCGAUCUCUCAUUGCUGUCUUGCUGGAAAAGUGAAUGAACCACAUAAGAAUUCAAUAUUAGAGGAACUAGAAAAAUGUGAUGCCAACCACUACAUCAUUUUGUUCCGUGAUGCUGGCUGCCAGUUUAGAGCACUUUAUUGCUACUAUCCUGACACUGAAGAAAUCUACAAGCUGACUGGAACAGGGCCAAAGAGCAUCACCAAGAAAAUGAUUGACAAACUUUAUAAGUACAGUUCGGACAGAAAACAGUUUAACGUGAUUCCAGCCAAAACCAUGUCUGUCAGUGUGGAUGCUCUUACUAUUCAUAACCACUUGUGGCAAGCCAAGCGACCUGCAGUGCCAAAGAAGACUCAGACUCGUAAAUGACACUGAGUUCUUGGGGAGAGGAUUGCUGAAUGGGAUGGCAUCGAAAGAAGACAUGUUUACCAUUUUCCUCCAGUUUGGUAUGAAAUGUGCAGAACCAUAAACAUUUUUUAAGAAGCUUCUAAACAGAAACCGUGGAUGCAAGUUAUAAAGAAUGAAGGAACAUUGCCAGUGUUUUUUAUGAAUAAUAAAUCUGCUGUUACACCCAAUGCUAACUACUGUG